GGGGUUUCUGGAGGUGGAGGGUAGGGAGGGAGCCGCACCACGCGAGCGGGUCGGACCGUGCCGGGAGGGAGGGACGGGCUGAGCUGCUGCUCCGACCUGCCGGACGGACGGACGGACGGACGGUCGGACGGAGCCACGCAGCCGGCCGGCCGGCCGCCGGGCCUCCUAACGGUGCGCCGCCACCGGCACCGGCAGCGGCGGCAGGCCCGCACGAGCCGGUAGUCGGUCACACGUGAGCCGGCCCCCGCCGAGACAGCAGCGCACUGACCGGGCGCCGGCUGAGGUCAGCUCAGCACGGACGUGAGGUGACAGUGGCAGUGGCAGCGCGCUUAUACACGGGGCUGAGUGCGACUGCGGACCUUCUGCGUUCGGAGUGUCUAAAACCGUGACAACUAUUUAGAAUAGGCUUUAUAUCAGCAAAGCGUAUAGCAGAAACUUUCAAUUAAUAACGAGCUGAAGAACCUUAAAUUUGUUUCUCACUCUACACGGAAAGAAUGAAUUUGUAGUUGUUUGCAAUAGAAACACACCAGAAGUCUGGGAAGAGCAGGUCCACAUUCUGACCUGCCGACCUGGUGUGACCGGCAGCGCCCCGGGCGCUCCCAGGUCAGGUCACAGGAUGGCGCCCUGUCACCAGCUGGCCCUCUGCCUCUGUCUGACAUUGAGCCUGUCAGUCUCGGCUGUGAGCACCAACGACCCGGCGAAACUGGGUGAAGUGUCUGCCGGAGACGUGCCCAGGAGGGACGGCGCAGUGGGGGCGCCGCCCCGACCGCCGCCCAGCACAGCAGGACUCAUCGGAGACCUGUUCAACUCGCUGACCCGCUCCUCGGCCGGGGGCGACUGCCCGGGCCGCUGUUACCACGCGCUGGCGGCUCUCAUGUGUGACCGGGUGCUCGAGGGUCACUCCUGCCCCCGGCCGGCGAUGCGCUGCUGCGCCGGCCCCGGACCGCUGAGACCGGGCAUCCCGCCGCCGCCAGGGCCUCAGAGACUGCAUACGACGACCACGACAGUAGCACCCACCACACGGCCAGCGCCGACCACGACUGCAGCUCCGAGUACGACUACCAGUCCGCCCAGCACAGCGGCGCCUGAAGCCGCUGAGAAAUUGGACACGGUUCAGCUUCCACUGCUUCGGAAAGCGCCACCGCGUAUAAUAGCUCAGGCUAAACGAAUCGCCUGUCCGGGCGUGUGCGUGGCGUUUCGUAUCGCACACCACUGCGAGGCGGCGCUCGACAUCCCUGGCGCCUGUGCCGAGGACCAGCGCUGCUGCGUGCCCGCUGACCUGUUCGACUCCGAGCCCGCCCCGCCACCCGAGUUUGUACUGCUGGACAAGAAGACAACACCCAGCCCCCAGCCCGAACAGGCGGAACAGCCCACCAAACCACCGCGUGAGCAGCAGAAGACCGACCAGUCAGCACCGCAACCAGAAACGCUAGCUGAUAAGGCAGAAGAGCAGCGGAAAACAACUCCGGAUAAUUCUCGACCGAAGACGGAACCGGUCAGGCCCGUUAGCCCAUCCCCGCCGGCCGAACGGGUGUCUGACUCCGAGCAGAAACCGCAGGAGACACAGCCGGAGAAGAGACCAGAGGCUACCCAGCCGCCGUCUCCGUCUCCGUCUCCGUCUCCGUCUCCGUCUCCGUCUCCGUCUGCGCGUCCUGCGAACCCCGGCCGCCUCUCUGAUCGGCCCACAGUCUCCACGACCGACAAAAACGUCUGUGACGGCGAGUGCAUCACUGGUCUGUUCUCGUUCUUCUGCGAGAGGAUCGACCGCAGGGUUCGCUGCAGCAACGGCGGCCGCUGCUGUCUGCGAAACCGACCCCAGAGGCGGCCGGAGCCGGAGCCGACAACACCUCGACCGGUCCGGCCCGCGGGCUCGACCGGCGAGCCAGACAGGCCGGCUGGCGCCACUACUGCGUCAGCUACCGAGCCGGCUACACCAGUUACUGAGCCCGUCAGACCAGCAGUGCCGGUGACGGAGCCGCCGGCACCGGCCCCGCCCGCCGCCCGGCCGACCCUGCCGUCACCUGAGCUCUCCGGACAGUCGACCCCUGGGCCUUCUGCUCUGCCCCCCGCGGCCACUGAUCAGCCCACGGAGGAGGCCGAGCGGCCUUCGGGACCGGGCGGGCUGAUUAAUCAGGGAGGCGAACAGUAUGAACAGGAAUAUAGCCAAGGUUAUCGCCCAGAGUACAGCCCAGAAAACAGGCCUGGCUUCGGUCAGGGAUAUCGCCCAGACUAUCAGCCGGACAGUAGUCCAGAUUAUGAAACAGAAUAUCGUCCGGAAUACUACCCUGGAAAUAAUGAAGAGCUCAGCCCAGCGGAUGGCUCAGAGAGCUCGGAGUACAGGCCUGACUACGAACAGAGCUACCGACCAGGCAGUGGCGGAGAGUACGGACCUGAUGCUGGUCUGCCACCGAACCCGACAAACUCCGAGCCCAGCCAAACGCCAGCGGUGCUUCCGAACCGCAAAGUGUCCUACUCAGGCUCGUCCAGUGUGUUCGGCAGGCCCCAGGGUGGACAGCUCUCGAGACCACAAGGAGACAAUUUGAGACCAGCGCCGGAACAAGUGGAGGAUGUGAAAGAUGAGGGUAAUGCUUAUCCGAACGAGCUUCAAAAUGAAUCCGUGAAUUCACCAUUCGCUGGCGGAGCUGAGAGCCAGUCAGAGGAAGUGCCUGCGAAUGGCGUUUCCGCCCCCGGGUUCAACUUGCCACCAACAGCACAGGAGGCAGCGGAGGAGUCCCAGGGACCGCCUGAUGAGCCGACACAGCAGUCUGAAGCGUCUCCCUCCGUCCCGACUCCGACCUCUCCGGCUUCCACCGCUCCGCCGGCUCCCUCUGAGGGACAGGGUGACUGCCCGGGCACCUGUCUGCCCUCGGAGCUGCUCUCGCUGUGCCGCCCGCCCGCUCUGCCCCUGCCGCAGCUGCCAGUCUGCCCCAAGGCGCACUUCUGCUGCGGCGCGGCCGACAGCCAGCUGGCCAAGAAGCCGGAGGUGGGCGGCGGCGGCGGCGGCGGCGGCGGCGGCGGCGGAGCGCCGUCGUCCUCCCUCAGCACCCUGCUCGGACAGGCACUCUCCUCCGGAGGCGGCGGAGGGGGAGGGGGUAGCGGCGGGGGUCUGCUCGGAUCGCUGGCGCCGCUGGCCGCGUCCCUCCUCGGCGGUGGGGGCGGCGGCGGCGGCGGCGGAGGCUCGGCUAGUGCUCUGGUGCCGCUGGCGGCCUCUCUUCUGAGCGGAGGCGGCGGCGGCGGCAGCGGUGGUGGUCUGAUGCAGGCGGUGCUGCCUGCCCUGCUGGGCGGCAGUCCUGCGCAGCGGCCCAGCCGGCCGGCGCCGCCCCCGUACCGCCCGUCGGGCCCGGUCCGGCGGCCCCCGCCUCCGAUCCGCCCGCGGCCCACCACCACCGCGGCACCGGAGCCGGAGGACCCGCGACUGCCCUGCCCGGAUACCUGCAUCUCGCCGCUGCUCUCAUUCACCUGCUUCGGCGGAGCGGAGAUGACGGACAUUUUCCAGUGCGUCACCACCUCUGAGCGCUGCUGCGCCAAAAAGUCGUCCAUCCGCCGGCACUGGGACCUGCUGAACCGACCGCGGCCCUCGGCGGCCGGAGCGUACCCACCGUACCAGGGCUACCAGACCGGCGAGCCCGGGUACCAGCAGUACCCCGAGCCGACCGGUACAGCCGGGUACCGCCCCGAGUACCAGCAGGGGUACCCGGAGCAGCCAGGGUACACCGAUCAGACAGGGUACGCCAGCCAGCAGGGGUACCUGAACCAACCAGGGUACAACGGGCAGCAGGGGUACCCGGGCCAGGAGCAGUACCCCACGCAGCAGGGGUACCAGGAGAAGGUCGACUACAACCAGGGGACGGGAGUCCAGACUGGAUACCAGGAGCAAGCGGGCUAUUCGGGUCAGUCCGGAUAUACUGACCAAACCGGGUACCCAGCUCAGACCGAGUACGCUGAGCAAAACGGAUACACCGGGCAGGCAGGCUAUCAGGGAGCCAACGGAUACCAGGAGACCACUGGGUACUCUGAGCAGACCGGAUACUCCGAGCAGUCAGCGUACCCUGACCAGGCCUCGUACCCAGCUCAGUCGGGGUACCCUGGCGAGGCCGGGUACCCGGACCAGGGCGUGGCCGCCUCCUCUCUCUCGGCUGAGGGGUACGGACCAGACAGCACCGUCUCGCCGGACUUCCCGUACGGACCGGCCGGCGACCCGCCCUCGUCUCCGUACCGGCCGACCAGCCCGACCCCUGGCGGUGACCGGUACAACCCCGCGGCGACCUCCGGGUCCCAGCCGGCCACCGGCCUGCCACCUGGCGGCGGAGACAGCUACCAGCAGCCGGGCCCGGCGUCGGGCGGCGUCAAAUACAGACAGCCGGCGGUGGCUUACCAGCCAGAGACCACGGCUGCUCCGCCGGCCCCUGUGGCGCCCUCUGCGGCCGCUCCGACCGCGGUGGCGCCACCGUCGCGUCCGUCCCGCAACAAGUACGUGUGUGGUGUGAAGGGACCGGCGCUGACCCGCCAGGCCCGCGUGGUGGGCGGCAGCGACGCAGCGCCGGGCGAGUGGUGCUGGCACGCAGCCCUGGUCAACUCUCUCAACCAGUACCUGUGCGGCGGAGCCCUGAUUGGUACCCAGUGGGUGCUCACAGCCGCGCACUGCAUUACAAACAUCGUCCGCUCCGGAGACGCCAUCUACGUGCGAGUGGGCGACCACGACCUGACCUCGAAGCAGGGCUCUCCGGGAGCGCAGACUCUGCGCGUGUCCACCACCUAUAUCCAUCACAACCACAACACGCAGACACUCGACAACGACAUCGCCCUGCUGAAGCUCUACGGAGAGGUGGAGCUGACGGAAGGUGUCUGUCUGGUGUGCCUGCCCGUCCGAGGCGUGGAACAGCAGGCGGGCAGACGCUGCACCGUCUCCGGAUACGGCUACAUGGGAGAAGAGGGUACGAUCCCGCUGCGUGUGCGCGCCGCCGAGCUGCCCAUUGUCGCUGACGACGACUGCAUCAGCCGCAUCAACUCGGUCACCGAGAAGGUGUUCGUGCUGCCGUCGUCCAGCUUCUGCGCCGGCGGCGAGCUCGGCCACGACGCCUGCCAGGGUGACGGCGGAGGACCUCUCGUUUGCUCCGUGGAAGGCUAUUACGAACUAUCGGGAAUCGUCAGCUGGGGAUUCGGCUGUGGAAGGGAGAACGUUCCUGGCGUCUACGUCAAGGUGGCUUCUUUCAUUGGCUGGAUCAACCAGAUCAUCAGCGUCAACAGCCUGAGGUGAACACCGCAUACACGGUGGCUGUUCGGACGUUAUGUGAAAUGUUAGCGUGAACAGCGUGUGACGUGCAAGUAUCAAUGAGAGAUCGGUUUGCGUCAUGCGGACUGAUAAAACUACGACGUGAGUCCUCCAGCGAAUGACUGGCAAUAUUCUGGAGCGAGUGCAGAUGCUGCUCGAAGGACUAUGUGUGUGUUUGCACAUAGAAUGAGUGACUGAAUUUGUAUCACGGGACAUGGGGCUGAGCUCAGCCCAGGACAAUGACCAGUGAUUGGUGCGGCGGUUAGUGGGUCCAGAGCUCCACUGAACCGCCAAGAUUGGCGUCAUCCACUCCCAGCCAGUGACGUGGGAAGACGGGGCCUUUUACCUUUCCUGAGGUGUUAUUUUAUAGACGGCAGCCGCCGACGGUUCAGACGCCGAUGACGGAUCAGUUGGUCUUUUUCUCACGGUUGUGAGCUAAAGGACCCUGUGCUAGUGUAACUGAAUGCUCAUAUGAAGUAUUUUGGGUGUUUUAGUUAGUUUAUAUGAAAGAGUAUUUUGAUGGCAUUUCUGUUCAGGAACACAUGCUAAGGAGGAGUGAUAUGACUAGUUUCUAUAGAGCUCUUCUGUGCCAGUUUAAAGUUAAGGCAUUAUUCUGUAGCUGACCAAAGACAGCUACCCUAUAUACUUCUUUACUUUAUGAAUAUAUGCGUUUGUCUUCUAUCCUUAUUUGUAUCAUUUUCUUUGUUAUUGCUGAGAUAUUCGGUCUGCUUUGUUGUCAAUUGUUGUGCGUUAAAUAGUUUUGUUCUUUCCAACCUUCACUUGUUUAAUUUUUUUUAAUUGUACAUACUGUUAAAGGCUUUGUUGUUGUAUCGCAAUGCGUUGUAAUUAAAGUAUAAUUGCUAUUUAUACAUAUUUAAGAUCUGUACGACGCCUGUGUUACAAGAUAUCUAAUUUAUUUAACUAUUUAUCAGGUAGCGCCGGCUCAAAAACAUUGAACAAAGCGCAAAAAUGUGUAAAGUGUGCUCAACGCUUUUAAUGUAAAUUGCCGCGUUUCAUGUAUCGCAUGCUGUACUGUUUCAUCGCCUUCAGAUACGAAUCUGUGAGCAAAUACAUGACGGAACAGAG